GAUCGCGGACUUGAGCGGCGGCGGCGGCUCGGGAGAGAGGAACGUGGGCUGCAGGCGCGAUGCUUGGCCAGAGGACGCGUCCGACGGCGGCCGGACGCUGAGCCGGGCUGGGCAGGGCAGCCCGGCCCGGGCAUGGAGCGCUGGGUGGCCAAGCCUCUGGACGUUUGGGGCGCGCCUAGUCAGAGCCCCCGGCGCGCCUGAAGUUGCGAGCGGCGAGCGGCCCGCGGGGACCCGAGAGCGGCCGGCACGCCGCGGAUGAGCCUUUGCGCCGGCUGCGAGACGCGGCGGUGGCCAGGGCCAGAGCAGGCGGCCAGCGGGGGCCGAUCCGGCGGAGAGCAGAGCUCGAGGCGAGGCGCGGCGCCGCUGCACACACGCACACGGAGCCAUGGGGUGCCAUGUUGCCACCAGCUGCCAUGUGGCCUGGCUUUUGGUGCUGAUCUCUGGAUGCUGGGGCCAGGUGAACCGGCUGCCCUUCUUCACCAACCACUUCUUUGAUACAUACCUGCUGAUCAGCGAGGACACGCCUGUGGGUUCUUCUGUGACCCAGUUGCUGGCCCGAGACAUGGACAAUGACCCCCUGGUGUUUGGCGUGUCUGGGGAGGAGGCCUCUCGCUUCUUUGCAGUGGAGCCUGACACUGGCGUUGUGUGGCUCCGGCAGCCACUGGACAGAGAGACCAAGUCAGAGUUCACCGUGGAGUUCUCUGUCAGUGACCACCAGGGGGUGAUCACACGGAAGGUGAACAUCCAGGUCGGGGAUGUGAAUGACAACGCACCCACAUUUCACAAUCAGCCCUACAGCGUCCGCAUCCCUGAGAAUACACCAGUGGGGACGCCCAUCUUCAUCGUGAAUGCCACAGAUCCCGACUUGGGGGCAGGGGGCAGCGUCCUCUACUCCUUCCAGCCCCCCUCCCAAUUCUUCGCCAUUGACAGUGCCCGCGGUAUCGUCACAGUGAUCCGGGAGCUGGACUACGAGACCACACAGGCCUACCAGCUCACGGUCAACGCCACGGAUCAAGAUAAGACCAGGCCUCUGUCCACCCUGGCCAACUUGGCCAUCAUCAUCACAGACGUCCAGGACAUGGACCCCAUCUUCAUCAACCUGCCUUAUAGCACCAACAUCUACGAGCAUUCUCCUCCGGGCACGACGGUGCGCAUCAUCACUGCCAUAGACCAGGAUAAAGGACGUCCCCGGGGCAUUGGCUACACCAUUGUUUCAGGGAAUACCAACAGCAUCUUUGCCCUGGACUACAUCAGCGGAGCACUGACCUUGAAUGGCCUGCUGGACCGGGAGAACCCCCUGUACAGCCACGGCUUCAUCCUGACUGUGAAGGGCACGGAGCUGAAUGAUGACCGCACCCCAUCUGACGCUACAGUCACCACGACCUUCAAUAUCCUGGUUAUUGACAUCAAUGACAACGCCCCGGAGUUCAACAGCUCCGAGUACAGCGUGGCCAUCACUGAGCUGGCACAGGUCGGCUUUGCCCUUCCACUCUUCAUCCAGGUGGUGGACAAGGAUGAGAAUUUGGGCCUGAACAGCAUGUUUGAGGUGUAUCUGGUGGGGAACAACUCCCACCACUUCAUCAUCUCCCCGACUUCCGUCCAAGGGAAGGCGGACAUUCGUAUUCGGGUGGCCAUCCCACUGGACUACGAGACCGUGGACCGCUAUGACUUUGAUCUCUUUGCCAAUGAGAGUGUGCCUGACCAUGUGGGCUAUGCCAAGGUGAAGAUCACUCUCAUCAAUGAAAAUGACAACCGGCCCAUCUUCAGCCAGCCACUGUACAACAUCAGCCUGUACGAGAACGUCACCGUGGGGACCUCUGUGCUGACAGUCUUGGCAACAGACAAUGAUGCAGGCACCUUUGGGGAAGUCAACUAUUUCUUCAGUGAUGACCCAGACAGGUUCUCGCUGGACAAGGACACGGGACUCAUCAUGCUGAUUGCCAGGCUGGACUAUGAGCUCAUCCAGCGCUUCACCCUGACAAUCAUUGCCCGGGACGGGGGCGGUGAGGAGACCACAGGCCGGGUCAGGAUCAAUGUGUUGGAUGUCAACGACAACGUGCCCACCUUCCAGAAAGAUGCUUAUGUGGGUGCUCUGCGGGAGAACGAGCCUUCUGUCACACAGCUGGUGCGGCUCCGGGCAACAGAUGAAGACUCCCCUCCCAACAACCAGAUCACCUACAGCAUUGUCAGUGCGUCUGCCUUUGGCAGCUACUUUGACAUCAGCCUGUACGAGGGCUAUGGAGUGAUCAGCGUCAGUCGCCCCCUGGAUUAUGAACAGAUAUCCAAUGGGCUGAUUUAUCUGACAGUCAUGGCCAAGGAUGCUGGCAACCCCCCUCUCAACAGCACCGUCCCUGUCACCAUCGAGGUAUUUGAUGAGAAUGACAACCCUCCCACCUUCAGCAAGCCCGCCUACUUUGUCUCCGUGGUGGAGAACAUCAUGGCAGGAGCCACGGUGCUGUUCUUAAAUGCCACGGACCUGGACCGCUCUCGGGAGUACGGCCAGGAGUCCAUCAUCUACUCCUUGGAAGGCUCCGCCCAGUUUCGGAUCAACGCCCGCUCAGGGGAAAUCACCACCACGUCUCUGCUUGACCGAGAGACCAAGUCUGAAUACAUCCUGAUUGUUCGCGCAGUGGACGGGGGUGUGGGCCACAACCAGAAAACUGGCAUCGCCACCGUAAACAUCACCCUCCUGGACAUCAACGACAACCACCCCACGUGGAAGGACGCACCCUACUACAUCAACCUGGUGGAGAUGACCCCUCCAGACUCUGACGUGACCACGGUGGUGGCUGUGGACCCAGACCUGGGGGAGAAUGGCACUCUGGUGUACAGCAUCCAGCCACCCAACAAGUUCUACAGCCUCAACAGCACCACAGGCAAGAUCCGCACCACCCAUGCCAUGCUGGACCGGGAGAACCCUGACCCCCACGAGGCUGAGCUGAUGCGCAGAAUCAUCGUCUCUGUCACUGACUGUGGCAGGCCCCCUCUGAGAGCCACCAGCAGUGCCACAGUGUUUGUGAACCUCUUGGAUCUCAAUGACAAUGACCCCACCUUUCAGAACCUGCCUUUUGUAGCUGAGGUGCUCGAAGGCACCCCCGCAGGGGUCUCCAUCUACCAAGUGGUGGCCGUCGACCUCGAUGAGGGCCUGAACGGCCUGGUGUCCUACCGCAUGCCGGUCGGCCUGCCCCGCAUGGACUUCCUCAUCAACAGCAGCAGCGGCGAGGUGGUCACCACCACCCAGCUGGACCGAGAGCGCAUCGCUGAGUACCAGCUGCGGGUGGUCGCCAGUGAUGCAGGCACGCCCACCAAGAGCUCCACCAGCACGCUCACCAUCCACGUGCUGGAUGUGAACGACGAGAUGCCCACCUUCUUCCCGGCCGUGUACAACGUGUCUGUGUCCGAGGAUGUGCCGCGCGAGUUCCGAGUGGUCUGGCUGAACUGCACGGACAACGACGUGGGCCUCAAUGCCGAGCUCAGCUAUUUCAUCACAGGUGGCAACGUGGAUGGGAAGUUCAGCGUGGGUUACCGCGAUGCCGUUGUGAGAACCGUGGUGAGCCUGGACCGGGAGACCACAGCUGCCUACAUGCUCAUCCUGGAGGCCAUCGACAACGGCCCUGUAGGGAAGCGGCACACAGGCACAGCCACUGUGUUCGUCACUGUCCUGGACGUGAAUGACAACCGGCCCAUCUUUCUGCAGAGCAGCUAUGAGGCCAGCGUCCCCGAGGACAUCCCCGAAGGCCACAGCAUUGUGCAGCUGAAAGCCACAGACGCGGAUGAAGGCGAGUUUGGGCGUGUGUGGUACCGCAUCCUCCAUGGUAACCAUGGCAACAACUUCCGAAUCCAUGUCAGCAAUGGGCUCCUGAUGCGAGGGCCCCGGCCCCUGGACCGAGAGCGGAACUCAUCCCACAUGCUGAUAGUGGAGGCCUACAACCACGACCUGGGCCCCAUGCGGAGCUCCGUCAGGGUGAUUGUGUACGUGGAGGAUGUCAACGAUGAGGCCCCCGUGUUCACACAGCAGCAGUACAGCCGUCUGGGGCUUCGAGAGACUGCGGGCAUUGGAACAUCAGUCAUCGUGGUCCGAGCCACAGACCGAGACUCUGGGGAUGGUGGCCUGGUGAACUACCGCAUCCUGUCGGGCGCAGAGGGGAAGUUUGAGAUUGACGAGAGCACAGGGCUUAUCAUCACCGUGGAUUACUUGGACUACGAGACCAAGACCAGCUACAUGAUGAACGUGUCGGCCACUGACCAGGCCCUGCCCUUCAACCAGGGCUUCUGCAGUGUCUACAUCACUCUGCUCAACGAGCUGGAUGAGGCCGUGCAGUUCUCCAACGCCUCGUACGAGGUUGCCAUCCUGGAGAAUCUGGCACUGGGUACUGAGAUUGUGCGGGUCCAAGCCUACUCCAUCGACAACCUCAACCAGAUCACGUACCGCUUCGACGCCUAUACCAGCACCCAGGCCAAAGCCCUCUUCAAGAUAGAUGCCAUCACGGGUGUGAUCACAGUCCAGGGCCUGGUGGACCGUGAGAAGGGUGAUUUCUAUACCUUGACAGUGGUGGCAGAUGACGGCGGCCCCAAGGUGGACUCCACUGUGAAGGUCUACAUCACUGUGCUGGACGAGAAUGACAACAGUCCCCGGUUUGACUUCAUCUCCGACUCAGCGGUCAGCAUACCCGAGGACUGCCCCGUGGGCCAGCGAGUGGCUACUGUCAAGGCCCGGGAUCCUGAUGCUGGCAGCAAUGGGCAGGUAGUCUUCUCCCUGGCCUCUGGCAACAUCGCGGGGGCCUUUGAGAUCGUCACCACCAAUGACUCCAUUGGCGAAGUGUUUGUGGCCAGGCCCCUGGACAGAGAGGAGCUGGACCACUACAUCCUCAAGGUUGUGGCUUCUGACCGAGGCACCCCUCCACAGAAGAAGGACCAUAUCCUUCAGGUGACCAUCCUAGAUGUCAAUGACAAUCCUCCAGUCAUCGAGAGCCCCUUUGGAUACAAUGUCAGUGUGAAUGAGAACGUGGGUGGAGGUACUGCUGUGGUCCAGGUGAGAGCCACUGACCGUGACAUCGGGAUCAACAGUGUCCUGUCCUACUACAUCACCGAGGGCAACAAGGACAUGACCUUCCGCAUGGACCGCGUCAGCGGUGAAAUCGCCACACGGCCCGCCCCGCCUGACCGCGAGCGCCAGAGCUUCUACCACCUGGUGGUCACUGUGGAGGACGAGGGCACCCCCACCCUGUCGGCCACCACGCACGUGUACGUGACCAUCGUGGAUGAGAAUGAUAACGCGCCCAUGUUCCAGCAGCCCUACUAUGAGGUACUGCUGGAUGAGGGCCCAGACACGCUCAACACCAGCCUCAUCAUCAUCCAGGCACUGGACCUGGAUGAGGGUCCCAACGGCACAGUCACCUAUGCCAUCGUCGCAGGCAACAUCAUCAACACCUUCCGCAUCGACAGACACAUGGGUGUCAUCAGUACUGCCAAAGAGCUGGACUACGAGAUCAGCCACGGCCGCUACACCCUGAUCGUCACUGCCACAGACCAGUGCCCCAUCUUAUCCCGCCGCCUCACCUCUACCACCACGGUGCUUGUGAAUGUGAAUGACAUCAACGACAACGUGCCUACCUUCCCCCGGCACUAUGAGGGACCAUUUGAAGUCACCGAGGGCCAGCCGGGGCCCAGAGUGUGGACCUUCCUGGCCCAUGACCGAGACUCAGGCCCCAAUGGGCAGGUGGAGUACAGCAUCGUGGACGGAGACCCUCUGGGGGAGUUUGUGAUCUCUCCUGUGGAGGGGGUGCUGAGGGUCCGGAAGGACGUGGAGCUGGACCGGGAGACCAUCGCCUUCUACAACCUGACCAUCUGUGCCCGUGACCGGGGGGUGCCCCCACUCAGCUCCACAAUGCUGGUGGGGAUCCGGGUGCUAGACAUCAACGACAACGACCCUGUGCUGCUGAACCUGCCCAUGAACAUCACCAUCAGCGAGAACAGCCCUGUCUCCAGCUUUGUCGCCCAUGUCCUGGCCAGCGACGCUGACAGCGGCUGCAAUGCACGCCUCACCUUCAACAUCACUGCGGGCAACCGCGAGCGGGCCUUCUUCAUCAAUGCCACGACAGGGAUCGUCACUGUGAACCGGCCCCUGGACCGUGAGCGGAUUCCAGAGUACAAGCUGACCAUUUCUGUGAAGGACAACCCGGAGAACUCACGCAUAGCCAGGAGGGAUUAUGACUUGCUUCUGAUCUUCCUUUCUGAUGAGAAUGACAACCACCCCCUCUUCACUAAAAGCACCUACCAGGCAGAGGUGAUGGAAAACUCUCCCGCUGGGACCCCUCUCACGGUGCUCAAUGGGCCCAUCCUGGCCCUGGAUGCAGACCAAGACAUCUACGCCGUGGUGACCUACCAACUGCUGGGUGCCCAGAGUGGCCUCUUUGACAUCAACAGCAGCACCGGUGUGGUGACCGUGAGCUCAGGUGUCAUCAUUGACCGGGAGGCAUUCUUGCCACCCAUCCUGGAGCUGCUGCUGCUGGCUGAGGACAUCGGGCUGCUCAACAGCACGGCCCACCUGCUCAUCACCAUCCUGGAUGACAAUGACAACUGCCCCACCUUUCGCCCUGCCACCCUCACUGUCCACCUGCUAGAGAACUGCCCACCUGGAUUCUCAGUCCUUCAAGUCACAGCCACAGAUGAGGACAGUGGGCUCAAUGGAGAGCUGGUCUACCGAAUAGAAGCUGGGGCUCAGGACCGCUUCUUCAUUCACCCGGUCACCGGGGUCAUCCGUGUUGGCAAUGCCACCAUCGACAGAGAGGAGCAGGAGUCCUACAGGCUAACGGUGGUGGCCACCGACCGGGGCACCAUUCCUCUCUCGGGCACAGCCAUCAUCACCAUCCUGAUCGAUGACAUCAAUGACUCUCGCCCCGAGUUCCUCAACCCCAUCCAGACAGUGAGCGUACUGGAGUCGGCCGAGCUGGGCACUAUCAUUGCCAAUGUCACGGCCAUUGACCGUGACCUCAACCCAAAGCUAGAGUACCACAUUGUCGGCAUUGUGGCCAAGGACGACACUGAUUGCCUGGUGCCCGACCAGGAGGAUGCCUUUGCUGUGAAUAUCAACACAGGAUCUGUAAUGGUGAAGUCCCCCCUGAACCGGGAGCUGGUUGCCACCUAUGAGGUCACUCUCUCAGUGAUUGACAAUGCCAGCGACCUACCAGAGCGCUCUGUCAGUGUGCCAAAUGCCAAGCUGACUGUCAACGUCCUGGACGUCAAUGACAAUACGCCCCAGUUCAAGCCCUUUGGGAUCACCUACUACACGGAGCGGAUCCUGGAGGGGGCCACCCCCGGGACAACGCUCAUUGCUGUGGCAGCUGUGGACCCUGACAAGGGCCUCAAUGGGCUGGUCACCUACACCCUGCUGGACCUGGUGCCCCCAGGCUACGUCCAGCUGGAGGACUCCUCAGCCGGGAAGGUCAUUGCCAACUGGACAGUGGACUACGAGGAGGUGCACUGGCUCAACUUUACUGUGAGGGCCUCAGACAACGGGUCCCCACCCCGGGCAGCUGAGAUCCCUGUCUACCUGGAGAUCGUGGACAUCAAUGACAACAACCCCAUCUUUGACCAGCCCUCCUACCAGGAGGCGGUCUUUGAGGAUGUGCCUGUGGGCACAGUCAUCCUGACAGUCACUGCCACUGAUGCUGACUCAGGCAACUUUGCACUCAUUGAGUACAGCCUUGGAGAUGGAGAGGGCAAGUUUGCCAUCAACCCUACCACGGGUGACAUCUAUGUGCUGUCUUCUCUGGACCGGGAGAAGAAGGACCACUAUAUCCUGACUGCCUUGGCCAAAGACAACCCUGGGGAUGUAGCCAGCAACCAUCGUGAAAAUUCAGUGCAGGUGGUGAUCCAUGUGCUGGAUGUCAAUGACUGCCGGCCACAGUUCUCCAAGCCCCAGUUCAGCACAAGUGUGUAUGAGAAUGAGCCGGCGGGCACCUCGGUCAUCACCAUGAUGGCCACUGACCAGGAUGAAGGUCCUAAUGGAGAGUUGACCUACUCACUCGAGGGCUCUGGCGUGGAGGCCUUCCAUGUGGACAUGGACUCGGGCCUGGUGACCACACAGCGGCCACUGCAGUCCUACGAGAGGUUCAAUCUGACCGUGGUGGCCACAGAUGGCGGAGAGCCCCCACUCUGGGGCACCACCAUGCUCCUGGUGGAGGUCAUCGACGUCAAUGACAACCGCCCUGUCUUUGUGCGCCCACCCAAUGGCACCAUCCUCCACAUCAGAGAGGAGAUCCCGCUGCGCUCCAACGUGUACGAGGUCUACGCCACGGACAAGGAUGAGGGCCUCAACGGGGCGGUGCGCUACAGCUUCCUGAAGACGGCGGGCAACCGGGACUGGGAGUUCUUCACCAUCGACCCAAUCAGCGGCCUCAUCCAGACUGCGCAGCGCCUGGACCGCGAGACGCAGGCGGUGUAUAGCCUCAUCUUGGUGGCCAGCGACCUGGGCCAGCCGGUGCCAUACGAGACUAUGCAGCCGCUGCAGGUGGCCCUGGAGGACAUUGAUGACAACGAACCCCUCUUCGUGAGGCCUCCAAAAGGCAGCCCCCAGUACCAGCUGCUGACAGUGCCUGAGCACUCACCACGCGGCACCCUCGUGGGCAAUGUGACGGGCGCAGUGGAUGCAGAUGAGGGCCCCAACGCGAUCGUGUACUACUUCAUCGCAGUCGGCAACGAAGAGAAGAACUUCCAUCUGCAGCCCGACGGGCGUCUGCUGGUGCUGCGGGACCUGGACCGGGAGCGAGAAGCCAUCUUCUCCUUCAUAGUCAAGGCCUCCAGCAAUCGCAGCUGGACACCUCCCCGUGGACCCUCCCCAACCCUCGACCUGGUUGCUGACCUCACACUGCAGGAGGUGCACGUUGUGCUAGAGGACAUCAACGACCAGCCGCCACGCUUUACCAAGGCUGAGUACACUGCAGGGGUGGCCACCGACGCCAAGGUGGGCUCAGAGUUGAUCCAGGUUCUGGCCCUGGAUGCAGACAUUGGCAACAACAGCCUUGUCUUCUACAGCAUUCUGGCCAUCCACUACUUCCGGGCCCUUGCCAACGACUCUGAAGCUGUGGGCCAGGUCUUCACCAUGGGGAGUGUGGAUGGCAUUCUGCGCACCUUCGACCUCUUCAUGGCCUAUAGCCCCGGCUACUUUGUGGUGGACAUUGUGGCCCGUGACCUGGCAGGCCACAACGACACAGCCAUCAUCGGUGUCUACAUCCUGAGGGACGACCAGCGCGUCAAGAUCGUCAUUAACGAGAUCCCCGACCGUGUGCGCGGCUUCGAGGAGGAGUUCAUUCACCUGCUCUCCAACAUCACUGGUGCCAUUGUCAAUACUGACGACGUACAGUUCCAUGUGGACAAGAAGGGCCGGGUGAACUUUGCGCAGACAGAGCUGCUCAUCCACGUGGUGAACCGUGAUACCAACCGCAUCCUGGAUGUGGACCGGGUGAUCCAGAUGAUCGAUGAGAACAAGGAGCAGCUGCGGAAUCUUUUCCGGAACUACAACGUCCUGGACGUGCAGCCCGCCAUCUCUGUCCGGCUGCCGGAUGACAUGUCUGCCCUGCAGAUGGCAAUCAUUGUCCUGGCCAUCCUCCUGUUCCUGGCUGCCAUGCUCUUCGUCCUCAUGAACUGGUACUACAGGACCGUACACAAGAGGAAACUCAAGGCCAUUGUGGCUGGCUCAGCUGGAAAUCGCGGCUUCAUCGAUAUCAUGGACAUGCCUAACACCAACAAGUACUCCUUUGAUGGAGCCAACCCUGUGUGGCUGGAUCCCUUCUGUCGGAACCUAGAACUGGCCGCCCAGGCAGAGCAUGAGGAUGACCUACCGGAGAACCUGAGUGAGAUCGCCGACCUGUGGAACAGCCCCACGCGCACCCACGGAACUUUUGGGCGUGAGCCAGCAGCUGUCAAGCCUGAUGAUGACCGAUACCUGCGGGCUGCCAUCCAGGAGUAUGACAACAUUGCCAAGCUGGGCCAGAUCAUUCGUGAGGGGCCUAUCAAGGGCUCGCUGCUGAAGGUGGUCCUGGAGGAUUACCUGCGGCUCAAAAAGCUCUUUGCACAGCGGAUGGUGCAAAAAGCCUCCUCCUGCCACUCCUCCAUCUCUGAGCUGAUCCAGACUGAGCUGGAUGAGGAGCCACAGGAUCAUAGCCCAGGCCAGGGUAGCCUGCGCUUCCGCCACAAGCCACCAGUGGAGCUCAAGGGGCCCGAUGGGAUCCAUGUGGUACACGGCAGCACGGGCACGCUGCUGGCCACCGACCUCAACAGCCUGCCCGAGGAUGACCAGAAGGGCCUGGGCCGCUCACUGGAGACGCUGACCGCUGCUGAGGCCACUGCCUUCGAGCGCAACGCCCGCACAGAAUCCGCCAAAUCCACACCCCUGCACAAACUUCGCGAUGUGAUCAUGGAGAGCCCCCUGGAGAUCACAGAGCUGUGACUAGACAGGGAAGCCUCGUGGGUGUAAGCAGCACCUGUCCACUGCCCCCUCCCAGGGAGCAAGGGCAGGGACAGGGUCGGUCGGGGAGCUCCUCCCAAGGCCAGGCCUGGGGGACAACCUUGGCUUGGCCCUGGCGGCCUGCAUCAGCUGCUCAGAUCCCACUUUUGCCAGAUGCUCAUUCAGCAUCUGACCUCUACCUUCUUAAGAUCUGUUAUUUUUAUAAGAAAACCAAACAAAAAUGCUAAGCGUCUAAGGACAAGGUAAGGAGGGUCACUGGGGCCCAGAAGUCUGGGGACCAGCUCGGCUCAGGCUGAGCUGAAAGAGGCCGAACAGGCCCUCCUCCCUCCCUGGCUCCACCCUGCAAGCACUAUCCCCUCCGGCUGAACAGGCGCAAGGGAGGCCCGGCGUGGGCAUCCCCUGCUGGCCGGACACCCGACUCCAGUCCAAGUCCUGCUACAUUUCCGCCACAUUCCUGCUGGAUGUCCAGGUGGAGGUGGCAUCCCCACAUGGACAAGGUCAAUGUCAAUGAACAAGCAUUCUCUCCAUUUCACUGGCUUCCCAAAUGUGCCCAGCUUAUAAAGAGAAGUGACUGAUGUUCCCUUGGGUUUUGAAUGUGGAGUGUUCAUGUGUAUUCCUUUUUUAAAUUAUUAAGUUAUUCCCUCAA